AUGGGGACUGUGAAUAGUUGUCACAAUGGAGCUAGAAUACAAUUUGAGGCUUUUCAAGAUCAAAGGCAUAGUGUGGGAAAUAUUUUACGGGUACAUAGUCGCGAUAUGGAAAUUGAUUAUCGAACUCGUUUAACAGCAAUGUUGGAUAUGACACGCUUUCUAUUGAAGCAAGAGUUGCCCUUUCGUGGACACGAUGAGUCAACUAGUUCUUCAAAUAGAGGUAAUUUUCUUGAGUUGCUUGAAUGGUAUAGUCAACGAAAUGAAGAGGUUUCUAAAGUUAUAAAACAAAAUGCUCCUGCAAAUAAUCAAUUGACUUCUCCAAAAAUUCAAAAGGAUUUAACACGUGCUUGUGCUUCAGAGAUUACACUUGCUAUAAUCAAUGAUAUUGGAGAUAAAUUCUUUUCUUUGAUGGUUGAUGAGGCUAAGGACAGUUCAGUGAAGGAGCAUAUGAGAGUUGUUUUGAGGUAUGUGAAUAAAAAAGGAUGUGUGAUUGAACGAUUUCUUGCAGUUGUGCAUGUGCCUGACACCAGUUCUCAUUCUUUGAAAAUGGCUAUUGAUGCUUUAUUUGUGCAACAUGGUUUAUCAUUAUCUAGAUUGAGAGGCCAAGGAUAUGAUGGAGCUUCAAAUAUGCGUGUGAUAGAAGUGUUAGGAAAUGUAUAUGAUGACGCCUCUUAUUCUGCAAAUAAAAGUGUUGCCAAAUUGGUUGAGACUGAAAAACAUUUGGUGUUCCCAUUGGUUUAUCGUAUGAUAGAGUUGGCAUUAGUUUUACCAGUUGCAACUGCUUCGGUUGAACGAGUGUUUUCUGCAAUGAAGACUGUGAAGACUGAUUUACGCAAUAGAAUGGGAGAUGAAUGGAUGAAUGACAGUCUAGUUGUAUACAUUGAAAAGGAUAUUUUUUCUACAAUUGAAAAUGAACAAAUAUUACAACAUUUUCAACAAAUGCAGUCUCGUAGAAUCCAAUUGCCUCCUCUUGUACUGACUACCGUCGCAGACUUCUGUGCCAACCCGGAAAUGAAGCUCACCUAUGGAAGAAAGGUUAUGGAGAAUCGGUCUAGUAUUAAGUGGGACAAGGGAAAGGCUCUCGAGUUCUAG